AUGCAACCCCUGCGGGGACGGAGCCGCCGCCGCUUCCCGGGGUUGCCGCUUCUGCGGCUGCUGCUGCUGGCCGUCUUGCCCGCCUCCGCUGCAGGUUUGCGAUGUACCCAGCCUUCCGAAUCCUGCUUGAAUGGUGGAAAGUGUAAAACCUAUCAAAACGGAACAGGGACAUGUCAAUGCUCCAAGGACUUCACUGGCCAGCGGUGCCAGUUCCCGAAUUUGUGCCUCAGCUCCCCCUGUAACAACGGCGGCACCUGUCAACCCGUGGUUGAGGGCAGCACGCCCGACUUCAUCUGUUCCUGCCGCCUGGGCUACAUUGACAAGCUGUGCCUGACCAUUGAAGAGAACGCCUGCCUGAGCAGCCCCUGUCGCAAUGGAGGGAGCUGUGACCUCGUCACCUUGACCGAGUACAAAUGCCGCUGCCCUCCAGGCUGGUCAGGCAAGACGUGCCAGCAGGCCGACCCCUGUGCCUCCAACCCCUGUGCCAACGGCGGGCAGUGCGUGCCCUUUGAGUCCAGCUAUGUGUGCAGGUGUCCCCAGGGCUUCCACGGGGCGACUUGCAAGGAAGACUUGAACGAGUGCAGCCGGACAUUCCCCAUCUGCAAGAAUGGCGGCACCUGCAUCAACGAGAUUGGCUCCUACCAGUGCCACUGCCGGCCGGCCUUCACCGGGCCCAAUUGCGAUGACCGCUACGUCCCCUGCAACCCCUCCCCUUGCCAAAAUGGGGGCACCUGCCAGCAGACCGGAGACGUGGCCUACGAGUGCACCUGCCUUGCAGGUUUCACAGGCCAGAACUGCGAAGAGAAUCUGGACGAUUGUCCUGGGCACAACUGCAGGAAUGGAGGCACCUGUGUGGAUGGGGUGAACACCUACAACUGCCAGUGCCCACCUGAAUGGACAGGCCAGUACUGUGCCGAAGACGUGGACGAAUGCCAGUUGAUUCCCAACGCUUGUCAGAAUGGUGGCACCUGCUACAACACCCAAGGGGCCUACAACUGUGUCUGUGUGAAUGGUUGGACGGGGGAGGACUGCAGCGAGAACAUCGACGACUGUGCCAGUGCCGCCUGCUCUCCAGGGGCCACUUGCCAUGACCGGGUGGCCUCUUUCUACUGCGAGUGCCCACAUGGUCGCACAGGCUUGCUGUGCCACCUGGAGGAUGCCUGCAUCAGCAACCCUUGCAACGAAGGCUCCAACUGCGACACCAACCCUGUGACAGGGAGGGCUAUUUGCAACUGCCCCUCAGGGUACAUGGGGCCUGCCUGCAACAAGGACGUGGACGAGUGCUUGCUGGGUGCCAACCCCUGCGAGCAUGGCGGGAAAUGCCUCAACACGGAGGGCUCCUUCCAGUGCCAGUGCCAGAUGGGCUACUCGGGUCCCCGCUGCGAGAUAGACGUCAACGAAUGCUCCUCCAACCCCUGCCAGAACGAUGCCACCUGCUUGGACCAGAUUGGGGUCUUCCAGUGCAUUUGCAUGCCAGGUUACGAGGGGGUCUACUGUGAAAUCAACACAGACGAAUGUGCCAGCAGCCCCUGCCUCCACAACGGGAACUGCGUGGACAAGAUCAACGAAUUUGCCUGCGUGUGCCCCGUGGGGUUUAAUGGCCACCUGUGUCAACACGACAUUGACGAAUGCGCCAGCACUCCCUGCAAGAACGGAGCCAAAUGUGUGGACGCACCAAAUGCUUACGUGUGUGAAUGCACAGAAGGAUUUUCGGGCACUCACUGCGAGACGGACAUCAAUGAAUGUGACCCUGACCCUUGCCACUACGGCACGUGCCGGGAUGGCAUUGCCACCUACACCUGCCUCUGCCAGCCUGGGUACACUGGGCGCCUUUGUGACACCAACAUCAACGAGUGCCAGAGCCAACCUUGCAAGAACGGAGGCACCUGCCAGGACAGGGACAACGCCUACACCUGCUCCUGCCUGCGAGGCACUACAGGGCCCAACUGUGAGAUCAACCUGGACGAAUGUGCCAGCAACCCCUGUGAUUAUGGCAAAUGUGUGGACAAGAUCAAUGGCUACGAAUGUGCCUGUGAGCCAGGAUACACAGGGAGGAUGUGCAGCAUCAACGUCGACGAGUGUGAAAGCCACCCUUGCCAUAACGGGGGCACCUGCAAGGAUGGCAUCAACGGGUUCACUUGUCUUUGCCCGGAAGGCUUCCACGACCCCAUGUGCCUCUCGGAAGUGAAUGAGUGCAGCAGCAACCCUUGUGUCCACGGGAGAUGCCACGAUGGGCUGAAUGGCUACAAGUGCAAUUGCGACCCGGGCUGGAGUGGGACAAACUGUGACAUCAAUAACAACGAGUGCGAGUCCAACCCCUGUAUGAAUGGUGGAACCUGCAAGGAUAUGACCAGCAGCUACAUUUGCACCUGCCAGGAAGGAUUCAGUGGACCCAACUGCCAGAUCAACAUCAACGAAUGUGCCUCCAACCCUUGUCUGAACCAGGGAACAUGCAUUGACGACGUUGCUCGCUACCAGUGCAACUGCCUCCCGCCCUACACAGGUCUCACCUGCCGGGAGGUGCUGGCGCCCUGCGCGGAUGGUCCCUGCAAGAAUGGGGGGCAGUGCAGAGAGUCGGAGGACUACGAGAGCUUUUUGUGCACCUGCCUUCCGGGCUGGCAAGGGCAAACCUGUGAGAUUGACAUCAACGAGUGCGUCAAGAGCCCCUGUCGGAAUGGCGCCACGUGCCAAAACACCAACGGGAGCUACCGCUGCCUGUGCAAAGCUGGUUUCACAGGGGACAGCUGUGAAACUGACAUCGAUGACUGUCAACCCAAUCCCUGCCACAAUGGGGGCUCCUGUUCUGACAGCGUGAACGGCUUCUCCUGCAACUGCCUGGCGGGCUUCCAGGGCCCCGAAUGCCAGGAAGACGUGGACGAAUGUGCCAGCGACCCCUGCAAGAACGGGGCCAACUGCACGGACUGCGUCAACAGCUACACCUGUACCUGCCCGUCGGGCUUCAGUGGGAUCCACUGUGAGCACAACACCCCAGACUGCACGGAGAGCUCCUGCUUCAACGGGGCCACCUGUGUGGAUGGCAUCAACACCUUCACAUGUGUCUGCCCACCCGGCUUCACUGGCAUUUAUUGUGAGCACGACAUUAACGAGUGCGACUCCAGACCCUGCAUGAAUGGGGGGACUUGCCAGGACAGCUACGGAACUUACAAAUGCACCUGCCUGCAGGGAUACACUGGACUCAAUUGCCAGAGCCUGGUCAACUGGUGCGACUCGUCUCCCUGUAAGAACGGAGGGAAGUGCUGGCAGAUCAGCAAUCACUACCGCUGCGAGUGCCCGAGCGGCUGGACCGGCCUGUACUGCGAUGUACCCAACGUCUCUUGCGAGGUGGCCGCACGACGGCAAGGACUGGACGUGGCUCGCCUGUGCAGAAACUCCGGCCUCUGCGUGGACAGGGGCAACACCCACUUCUGCCACUGCCAGCCUGGCUACACAGGCAGCUACUGUGAAGAGCAGGUGGACGAGUGCUCCCCCAACCCUUGCCAGAACGGGGCCACCUGCACGGACUAUCUGGGCGGCUAUUCCUGCGAGUGCGUGGCCGGCUACCACGGGCGAAAUUGCUCGGAGGAGAUCAAGGAAUGUCUUUCUCAUCCCUGCCAAAAUGGCGGCACUUGCAUUGAUCUGCUCAACACCUACAAAUGCUCUUGUCCCCGUGGAACUCAAGGCAUCCACUGCGAGAUCAACAUUGAUGACUGCAGCCCUGCCACCGACCCCCGGAGCCAGACCCCCAAGUGCUUCAACCACGGAAAGUGCAUUGACAAGGUGGGGGGCUACAGCUGCAUCUGCCUGCCAGGCUUCGUUGGGGAGCGCUGUGAGGGAGACGUUAACGAGUGCCUCUCGAACCCCUGCGACCCGCGAGGGACCCAGAACUGUGUGCAGAGAGUCAACGAUUACAAGUGUGAAUGCCGCCCGGGAUACACAGGACGGCGCUGUGAAGCGGUGUUCAACGGCUGCCAGAACAGGCCCUGCAAGAACGGGGGCAGCUGCGCCGUGGCCAGCAACACCAAACAGGGCUACAUCUGCAAGUGUCCUCUGGGCUUGGAUGGCGCCACGUGUGAAAACCACCUGCACAGCUGCGGGAUGCUACACUGCCUGAACGGUGGCACCUGCCUUCCCACCUCCAGGCAGCCCAGGUGCCUCUGCACACCGGGUUUCACUGGUCCCGAGUGCCAGUUCCCCUCGCACAGCCCAUGCCACUCGGGCCCCUGCUACAACGAGGGCACCUGCCAAUUCACCCCGGAGCCACCCCACUACCGCUGCCUUUGCCCCGUCAACUUCAACGGCCUCAACUGCCACAUCCUGGACUUUGAAUUCCCGGGGGGGCCCGGCCAGGACAUCACCCCUCCCCUGGUGGAGGAGAAGUGCGAAAUCCCUGGCUGCCCCAGCCUGGCCGGCAACAAGAUCUGUGACACCAAAUGCAACAAUCACGCCUGCGGUUGGGACGGCGGGGACUGUUCGCUCAACUUCAACGACCCCUGGAAGAAUUGCACCCAGGCCCUGCAGUGCUGGAACUACUUCAACGACGGGAAAUGUGACGUCCAGUGCAACAACAGCGGCUGCCUCUACGACGGCUUUGACUGCCAGAAGGUCGAGCUGCAGUGCAAACCCCUGAAAAAUGCUUCGAAUGGGACUCUGAUGGACGACAACCAGAACGAGUGGGGAGACGAAGAGACGCUCCACACCAAGAAAUUCCGAGUAGAGGAACAGGUCAUGCUGCCCGAUGACCAGACUGACCACCGGCAGUGGACGCAGCAGCACCUGGACGCGGCCGACUUGCGCAUUUCCUCCAUGGCCCCCACCCCUCCCCAGGGGGAGAUCGAUGCCGACUGCAUGGACGUCAAUGUUCGAGGGCCAGGGCAGAGACCUGGAAAUCAGCCGAUCCUGAUCCGGAACAGGGCCACCGACUUGGAUGCGCGCAUGAAUGACGGGACCACGCCCCUGAUUUUGGCCGCCCGCUUGGCGGUGGAAGGCAUGCUGGAAGAUCUCAUCAGCUGCCAUGCUGAUGUGAACGCUGUGGAUGACCUAGGGAAGUCGGCCCUGCACUGGGCGGCCGCUGUGAACAAUGUGGACGCUGCCCUGGCGCUGCUGAAGAACGGGGCCAACAAGGACAUGCAGAACAACAAGGACGAGACCCCCUUGUUCCUGGCGGCCAAAGAAGGCAGCUACGAAACGGCCAAAGUCCUGCUGGACAGCUACGCCAACCGGGACAUCACGGAUCACAUGGACCGCCUGCCCCGGGACGUCGCCCAGGAGCGCAUGCACCACGACAUUGUCCGCCUCCUGGACGAGUACAACCUGGUGCGGAGCCCACCCUUGCACAACGGGGGGCCUCUGGGGGGCCCCACCCUCUCCCCGCCACUCUGCUCGCCCAGCGGCUACCUGGGCAACCUGAAGCCCGGCCUGCAGGGCAAGAAGGCCCGGAAGCCCAGCGCCAAAGGGCUGAGCUGCAACGGGAAGGAGCCCAAGGGGCUAAAGGCCCCCCGGAAGAAGUCGCAGGAGGUCAAGGGCUGCUUGCUGGACGGCUCCGGCGUCCUCUCACCGGUCGACUCCCUGGAGUCCCCGCAUGGCUACCUGUCGGACGUGGCCUCCCCUCCCCUGAUGACCUCCCCCUUCCAGGCCUCCCCUUCCAUGCCCCUCAGCCACCUGCCGGGCAUGGCGGACUCCCACCUCAGCAUCAGCCAACUCAACCUGGUCAGCAAGGCGGAUCUGGGCCUGGGGGCCAGCCAGAUGCAGCCCUACGAGCCGGGGCCCCCUCGCCUCUCCCACCUGCCCGCCUCCAGCGCCAGCGCCCUCCUGGGAAGAGCCUCCCUCAACUUCACCGUCAGCGGGAGCCAGUGUGAGUGGCUGAAUCGCCUGCAGAACAGCCUUGUGCCCGGGCAGUACAAUCCUCUGAGGAGCGCCCUUCCGCAGGGCACCCACCCGGCCAGCCAGGCCCUGCCCCACGGGAUGCUGGCGCCCCUGCACAGUGGCCUCUCCGGCGCCCCUCUGGCUCCCAUGAUGACCUACCAGGCGGUCCCUGGGGGCCUUCUGCCCACCCACUCCCAGCCACACUUGCUGCAACCCCAGCAGCAGCAGCAGCCCCCACCGCAAGGCCACGGCGGGGCCACGAACACUGCCCCCCAAGUGGGGGCCAGCUUCCUCGGGAACGAGCUGAGCCAGGCGGAGCUGCAGCAGCAGCAAAUGAAUAUCCACUCCAUCCUGCCACAGGACACCCAGGUGCUGGCGACUUCCCUGCCCCCCGGCCUGUCCCAGGCCCUGACCACCCCCCAGUUCCUGACUCCGCCUUCCCAGCACAGCUACCCCUCCCCCAUGGACCACACACCCAGCCACCCGCUCCAGGGGCCCGACCACCCCUUCCUCACACCCUCGCCAGAGUCUCCGGACCAGUGGUCAAGCUCCUCCCCCCAUUCCAACGUCUCGGAUUGGUCGGAAGGGAUCUCGAGCCCGCCCACCAGCGUGCAGCCUCAGGUGGGGCGCAUCCCGGAAGCUUUCAAGUAAAGGGGAGACGGACAGAGCCCCUUGGCUGAACUGGAGAAAUCCCCCUUUUUCUUCCUUUUUUUUUAAAAAAAAAUAUUUUUGCAUACAUUGUAAGUUGGAAACGUCACUGCAUUCUUCCUCUUUUUUUAGUAUUUAUUUAUGUACUUUUUUCUUUUAUGUGAAAACACUGCCGUUUUUUUAUUUAUAUGUUCUGUUAAGAAUUUCAUGGGCUGCAUUUACUAUUCCAAGAAAUAGAAAAAAAUAUCUAUUAACAGGGACUUUUUUUAAUUGACAUUUUUUUAAAAGAACAACAACAAACGUUUGUAUCGUGCUUUUUUUCUUUUUUCUUUGCCUAGAGAAAGAUUCUUCUGUAAAGCUAUAAGCAAAAAUCCGUAAAACGACCCGUAUUUAUUGAUCAGGAUAUAUGUUUUCCUGUUCAUUUUUAAAAACAGAAUAAAAAGGGAGAGGGGCAAUUUUGUUUCUUAAAAAAAUGUACCUAUAUGAGGAAAAAUAAUUUAAAUAUAAGAUGAUGGUUUAUUUUUAAAGAGCGCUUUAAAAUAUCCACUGGGGGUUGAUAAUAUAUAGAUGUAUAGGCAUAUUGGCUUUCUACAUCUGGGCGCUUCUAAAUGUCUUAGGUUCCCUCCCAAAAUCCCUAGCCACCGUGGCAGGCGGGGAUUCAGGGAAAGCGCAUCCGAUACCCCCUUGCGCAGCCCAAGGAUGUGGGAGAGAUGGAAAUAGGGC